AUGAAGGAAAUACCACUGUAUGUCAUUAUCGUACUGCAUAUCUGGUCCUACAAAGUUAAAGGUAAGGAAGGUAUUUUGAUAUACACUAUUCAUUCAAAGAAAAUUGCAUUUUGUAUUCUUUACAUAUAUGCAAUUAAUUGUGUGCAGUGAUCUUUUUUCUUAAGGCAGUGCCUAUAUUUGGUGUCACGUGUAAUUAAUAAAAAGGCCUAGUACAUGGCAGAAACACUCAUCUAUUAAUUUCUUAGCCAAGAUAUACUGUAUUUGUUGAACAAAGGUCAUUGUGCAGACAAAUGAUGGAUAAUAAUAAAUGUAUGUUCUGUCAUUUUUCAGCUCAAGAAUCUGGAAAAGGCUGUCAAAGACCCCAACUGGACAAUGGCUUUGUUGACCCGGAGCAGGAAAUGUACCAGGAUGGCAUGACCUUGACCUAUGCCUGUGAUAGAGGUCUGAAGACACCAAUGGAAGGG